GGUAAUUACACUUUGUGCCUCGACCAAAAGUACAGUAUUCGGAGAUUCUCCUGUGAUUGUCUCCUUUGACCUCUAUCUAUAUUACCUACUGCACCACUACACGGCAUAUAGUAUUGACCCAGCAGACGAACGAACGAACGAACGAACGAACGAACAAACGAACAACCGAGCAUCAUGGUCCGCAAGCUCCAGGUCGGUGUCUCUGGCCUGGGCCGAAUGGGCGCUCGCCAUGCCCUCCACUUCCUCGACCGCACUCCUCGCGCAGAACUCGUAGCCGCAUUCGAUCCCGACGAGAAGGCACUCGCAUGGGCCCGACAGCGCCUCAAACCCUACGGCACCAAGCUCUACAGCGACUACGAAGCCUUCCUCCAGCACCCGGGUCUCGAAGCUGUGGUGGUCGCCGGCAUCACCACCCAGCACGCAGCACAAACCAUUCGAGCCAUUGAAGCUGACAAACAUGUGCUCUGCGAGAAGCCACUCUCGACCAGUGUCAAGAUCUGUGAAGAUGUGGAAAGAAUUGCACGAGCGAAACCACACUUGAAGGUGCUGUGUGGCUUCUCGAGACGCUUUGAUGGCAGCUACCGAGAUGCAGCUCACAGGAUCAAGAGGGGAGAUAUUGGUCGUCCUGCCAUACUGCGGUCACAGACCUGCGACAAGCAUCGCGAUGAUGACUACUUUGUGCAAUACGCCAAAUUCUCCGGCGGAAUCUUCGUCGACGCCAACAUCCACGACAUUGACCUCGCACUCUGGUACUUCGGCGCAGACAGCAUCAUCAAAAGCGUGACAGCCGUCGGAAUCAACGCACGACUCACCGACCUCUCCCAACACCAAGACGUCGACAACGGCGUCGGCAUCGUGGAAUUCCACAACGGCAAAAUCGCCUAUUUUUACGCUUCGCGCAUGAUGGCCGCCGGACAAAUCGACACGACGGAAAUUAUCGGCACACAUGGUAAAAUUGUCGUGAAUGGGAAUCCGCAGAAGAAUUUGGUCGAGGUGCAUGAGGCGAAUGGGAUUCGGAGGGAGGUGCCGCAGACGUAUUAUGAUCGGUUUGAAGAGGCGUUUGUGACUGAGUCGAAUGAGUUUACUGAGUGUGUGCUUGAUGGGAAGGAGUUGCCGUUUGGCUUGUCGGGAGCUAUUACCGCGGUGAAGAUUGGGGAUGCGUUGCAGAAGAGUUUGCGGACGGGGAGGAAGUUGGAAUUUAAUGAGUUGGGAGAGGAAAUUGUUGAGGAUAAAGCACGAUUGUAGAGACUUGGUCUAUAUGUGUGUGUUUUUGUGUGGACGAAGAGAGGAGGUCAGGUAGGUAAAAUUUCGGGUUCAGAUGUAACAUAGAGGCGAGAUCUGAUGAAGACUUUUGGGGUCAUACAUGGGAACCAGAACCAGUGAGAUAUUGCAUAUGACGAGAGAGAAGAUUCAUCAUGCUACAUGUAUCUGCUCUACUCUGUCUGUUCAUUGGUGUCUCAUGGACCUCAUUGAUUUCAUGGUCACUGCAUAUGAACAGCACGUCGUACCGUCAUCAUCGUUGUGCAUCUGCACAACUCUGUGCAAUCCCUCACAUCAUAGACAUGUGCACUUAUACACCCACAGCGUUCUCGAAAAACGACGUGGGCUGCCCAGGGACAGCAUUUUCCGCCGAUGGUGGCAAAUCUGCUCGCUGUUCGCCAAUCUUGACCCCAGGUGUACCAGCAACAAUCUCGCCCGUCUUCGUUUCCGUGUCGACCAAGACAAUCUCAAUCACUGUACACUUUUGUACUGUCUGCUUCAGUCCAGGAACCAUCUCUGCCAGGACAGCAGCCUCAUCGAAAGCUAGUUUGCGCUCAAAGACCGUGUCUGCCGCGAUGCCACUUUCCAGAUUCUUCUUCAAGCUAUUCACGAACGGCAUCGCACGCUUGACUUCAGUCUUGGGCAGAGACUUGUUCACUGCGCCGACGUCAACCUUCAUGUUGGAGAAAUUUUGGCGCACAAUGUCAAUGAUGUUGUCUUGCCACGCAGGGAACUUCUUCGCGAAGAAUAUGCUCAGCUUCUUGUCCUUCUUGGGAUCGUACGAGGUCUGCUUGCCCUUGGCCAUUUUCUUGAGCUGAGCGCCUUCGGCACUGGUGAUGUUGUUCUGAGUGGUGCGAACAUACUCGCGCGCCGCUGUGAGAUUGGGCUGUUGAUCCGCGACUUGUGGGAAAAGAGCGUUCUGUACAGUAUCGGGCUUCUUAAGGACUUCCUUCCAGAUGUGUUCUGCCCAAUGGGGUGCAACGACCGUGAUCAUGAGAGCCUGGUAUUCCACAUACUUGGUAACCAGAUCCUGGUGCAUGCCGAUACCUGCAGCCUUGGUGACCUCACGGUAGAAGUCGCGAGAAUUGGUGAAGUCGUAGAAUCCGCUCUUGAGAGCCGCUUUGUAAUCAGUGUCGUUGUAUCGCUGCUCGGUCUCCUUUACCAGACCAUUCAGCUCAUUCUCAAACACCUCAUCCCAAAACACCUUCUUGCCCGUUCGAAGAAUUGCAUCGUUGGUCUUGUGUCUUUCGUUCUUUGCAACCUCGGCGUAAGUCUCGCCUUCUUUGAGCACACGCGCGUCAGUGACGACAUUCUCGCACCACUGUCUGAGCUCGAAGAGGCGCAGGAUGUUGGCAUUGGCGACUGUUUCGUCAAAGUUGGCAUCCUCAAUAGUGUCUCCGGCAUCGGCGAGAGCGACACGAGUGGCAUCAGCACCGAAUUUCGAUGUUGCAUCGUAUAAGGUCAGGAAAUUGCCUGUGGACUUGGACAUUUUCUCACCAUUGAGCUGCAAGUGACCGUUGGCACGGACUCCACGUGGCCAGUACUCUGGCUUAAACAGAGCAAUAUGCACGUACAGGAAGAAGGUCAAAUGGUUUUGGAUCAAGUCCUUCCCAGAGACGCGAAGGUCCAGUGGAUACCAGUACUCGAACUCUCGACGCAUCAUGUGAAGAGUCUCCUCGGGGAUUGAGCAGUCUUUUGGAAUCUCAUCGGUCCUGCAGAACAGCCAGUCCCAGACAUCAUCUGUCAUUUGUUCCACCGAGACAUUGGCUGGUCCCUUCUCUUUGCCGAAAAUGUCCUUGUGGAGCAAGUGGGCAAUGGUGUAGUACGACAUGUAGAUCGUGGAGUCCGACAAACUCUCAACGAGCUGACUCUGAUCCCACGGAAGUUUUGUCCCAAGUCCAUAGCCUCUGGCGCAAGCCCAUUGCGCGAGCCAAAAGAGCACUUUCUCAAACGCAUUCUUUGUUUCGGUGGAAAAGGUGUUGAGGCCCUGGCCAUCUGCGUUCUGUACGUGUUUCAGGACUGCCGGCUGCCAUUCUGGAUCACCAGACUUUGCAGGCUCGCCAUAGUUCAUGAACCACUGGUCCAGAUGACCAGCUACGCAGUCAUCCCCGGACCGACUCAUGACGAGACCGUCAGGCUCGGCAUAGGCGAACGCAUCCCCAGCAUCGAUCAAAUCUUGACGUACUUUGGGCUUGGCAGUUUCGACAGACUCUCCAGCAUAAGCUCCGACGAUCAUUUUGCCCUUGUAGAAGCCCUCCUUGUAUGCGAUCUCUUUCGCUUCGGCCAGUUGCUUUGCGUCUUUCGGUGAGUUGAUCUUCAUCGUCUCAACAAGCUUCUUCGCAAUCAAAUUUCCAUAUUCGGGUGUUUCAAUGACGGGUACGAUCUCCUUAUCGAUCCAUUCCUUCUUGAUCUUAUAGAACUCAGCCUUCUUCUGCAGAUCGAGCGUCGUGGCAUAAUCAUCGGGAGAGUCAGAUGGCACGCUUGUGACAACUCCAGUGCCCUUAUUGGGCUUGACCGAUUCCAUGGGAAGGAUGAAAACCUCCUUGUGGACGGACAAUGGAGCGCUCACAAGAGUGCCGACAACAUCAGACCCCUUGAAAUCGGCGACUUUAGGAAACUCUCCCCAGGUCGGAAAUAUGCUUUGAUACGCCAUGUUCCUUGCAGCACGGUGGGAAACGAAAUAGUAUUCCUCGCCCUUCUUGACCUCGUAGACCCCGUAAUCAACCGUUGGGCCCACGAAGCAGCAGUUCUGGCCGUACAUCGUCUCAGGUCUCAGGGUUGCAGGCACAAAGUAAACUUUGCCGCCUGCAGGAAUCUUGCCCUCAAUCUUACUCUUGGCUGGUUCUGCCCAUUCCUUGACGCAAAGCUUCAAGGCAGUGUAUUCUUGCACACCAACUCCUUCGCCACUUUGUCGGUCGUGAUCCAUGCACGCCUGACCAUCCUUAGGCGAGUAAACAGUGUAGCGCUUGCCGAACCUGAUUUUCCCCAUCUCCUUCAGGCGAUUCACCUGCCAUCGCACAAAAGCAUCGUAAUAUGGAUUUGCAUCAGUCGUGACAAACGAUCGUCGCCAAUCCACUCGACAGCCCAUGUUGUCGAGGUCGCGCUUCCAAAGUGGUGGAAAGUACUGCAGCCAGUGUUGCGGAUCAGCGAAGUGGUGAAUCUCCUCAAUCGGGAUGCCAAUGGCGAGCAUGAUCUGAAACUGGUAUUUCAAAGCCGAGUUGACCUUUGCAUUCGCCUUUGACUUUUUCGCAGAGAACUUGGUGACAUCCUCUUUUGUCGUCUCCUGCACAGGCGCAGGUGGAGUAGCACUCGCCUCUUCACUAGGCUGCUCAGGGGAGUAUUUUUCGAAGUUCUGGCCAAACAUCUCAAUCUCGCGCACCAGCUUGUCGGCACAAGCCUUGAUGGGCAUGCCAGUGCAAUGGAAGCCCUGAGGGUACAGUGCCCGCUUGCCCUGCAUACGUGCCCAUCCCACGGCGAAUUCGAGUUUGCUGGCCGUGAAUGCGUGCCCCGCGUGCGGCGUUCCGUUGACGUACGGAUACGCCAUGGUAACCAUGUAUUUGGGGUGUUUCUUGCGCAGCUCACUGGGCGCAAUGGCAUGGAAGGGCACUUCUGACAGAGAGGGCGCGUCCUGCUCGAAGACCUUGCUCUCCUGCCAUUGCUGCUGGUAUUUCUUCUCGCUGGCAAUGAGCGUGUCGCGCUUGUCCGUGUUCUUGAUCUCCAGACUGCCCGCCGUGGGGGCGGCGGCGGCGGCGGCGGAAGCCAUGGUUGCGAAGAUCAGUCGGUUGGUGCGCAGGCCACGCAGCCGCGGCGAGAGGAGACGGAGAGCGAGCGACGUCGUCGUG